UUUAUAGUUUCUGUUCGCGUAGACGAAGAAAUACGAUAAUCCCUAAUUUUAUUUCAUUCCUAAUUGUUUGUCCGAUUAUCCUUCCAUCUAGAGAUUUCAUCCUCUGAGAAAACGAGUGUUCUAGUCUAGAAGAAGAGACCCGGACGCGCACCCCAAAUGCUUGUGUCUUCAGGGUCAGCCAUGUGCGGUCGUCGAACAUUCGAUGAAUGAAUCGUAUUGCGUGACGUCAUUGGCAGCUAACGUAGUUAACCAGCCGAUUGUAAUGCUCGUCCGUGACAGAGGGGUGGCGAUCCAUGAGGUGGCGCGUGCGCCUUGUCACAAUGCAUCCGAAAAACACUGAUGCCAGUCACGGGGCAGGCAAGCAAGCAGCCAGACAGGCAGACUCCGUCGUCGUUUUCUUUUUUUCGUCACUGUCCGUGUUUUAGUGCAAAAGGGCAGCAACAAAAGGAAGGCAACGACGAGAAGAAGCUACGAAAAUGACAAUUGGAAGAUAUCGUCCUCGUGUUUGAGGAGAUCCCGUCGCUCGCGCGCUUCCAUUCUCUAUGGAUAAGCAGUCAUCGCGUUUAACACAUUCAUUUAGAUGCUGUCAGUGUGAUUCAUCCGCGUUUUCCAGAGGAGUUCUAGCAUCUCCUUUUUUCUUUCUCUCAGUAGCAGGGAAAGAAGAAGAGACAGAAAAAGCGUCUGCGCUCCGAUCUGUUCCGUGUGUUCCGUUCCGAUUGAUCGAUAGUACAGACCCGUACUCGGAUAAUUGGGUCGCGCGCGACUAAUCGCGGCCUGAAUAAUACAGAAUUGCGCUUUCAUCUGCGAGAAGGAAAAAGUGUCAGGGGUGGAUUUUCGCCAAGAGAAAAGCCCUUGCAGCGUGCACGGAUUCGUUUUUAUGUCUUGGGCCACCUCCACAUAUAUGAUGAAAUUGCAGUUGCUCGUUAUCGAGACGGACUAUUGCUGGAGGAAAGCAUUGCUUAGGAUGGUAUUGGAUCCCAAGGCCACCAGUUUGCAUAACGAUUACGGAAGCUUCGAUCGACCGUUGGGCGCCGGGGAGGGCCACGAGAGGGACGUCGAAGCGACGGUUGAUGGAAGCAGCAGCGGGAUGACACAGUCCAGCGACGUUUAUCAACGGCAACCGCUGUUGCCCGGCGCGCCGCUGUCCAAGAGCAAGGACAAAUGGUCCUCGGGGGCCUCAGGUUCGGACUACUAUGAGGAUGACGAGGACGAGAAGGAUAUCGAGAGCCUGGGUAGGCAUCCUGGUAUACCGAACGGUUCCGGCAGCGGUAUCGUUAAAAUCGACAUACCGGCACCGCUUCGCGAGGAGCCGCGCUUCCCCAAGGAGAAGUGGAAGACCUUUCUCGCAUUUCUCUUUAUGGUCGUCAACUUUAUACUGACGACGGCUUCCCUCGCGAUGGUGCACGAGCGCGUCCCGGACAGAAACGCAUACGGGCCGCUUCCCGACGUGGUGUUGGACAACGUCGGCGCGCAAGAUUGGGCACUCAACGUCUCGGAAGUCCUGAUCAUGAUCAUGUCCAACUGCGCGAUGGUUUUUAUUAUUUUCCAUAAGCAUAGAUUUAUAGUAGUUAGACGAGUAUUUCUCUUGAUGGGGUUACUCUACAUGAUGAGAAGCGUCACAAUGUACGUGACGGUCCUACCGAUCGCCAGUAAGACUUACUACUGCAGCCCGAAGGCGAACAACACUAGUCCGCUACUCGUGACGAAAAGGGUCCUGCAGCUCAUUUCCGGCUUCGGCUUGUCCAUCAACGGCAAGCACACUUACUGCGGGGAUUACAUUUACAGCGGACACACGGUCGUGCUCGUGCUCAGUUACCUGAUCAUUAAGGAAUAUUCUCCGAGGAGGUGUCAACCGAUCCAUUGGGGAGCGGGUUUGGCGGUGCUCGUCGGGGUAAUUAUGGUCUUGGUAGCUCACGGCCAUUAUACGGUUGAUGUACUUAUAGCGUUCUACGUUACUACACGCUUGUGGUAUAUUUAUCACACGCUGGCCAACAACCCGAAUCUUAAGCAAUAUGGACCAAACAACUUUUUGGCCCGGCUCUGGUGGUUCCCUAUUUUCAAAUAUUUUGAGAAGAAUGUAGGCGGCACGGUGCCACGACAAUAUGAUUGGCCUCUACCCUGGCCUCGACGGUUUCUUGCCAAGCACCCUAACCGAGAUAGUUAAUACUUGUGUUGACUUUACGAUAGAGGCUGUUAAAAACAAAAGAGUUACUUUCGUUGUAUAAUAUAUAUAUACAAAAAACAUCUACAUAUACACAUUUAGGCUUGUUAAAAUGUUGAGGUAAAACACUGAUUAGAGAAAGAUAUAUAUGAGACAUAUAAUCGUUUCUCAAGAGCGACCAUACAUUUAGAUUUGUUGAAGCAUGACGCUUUGUGUCGUUCACUUCUUUGUAAAACCAAUCGUGAACUCUCGGACACAAUACCUUCUUUCUCUUUUUCUCUCUCUCAUUCUCACGUAAAGCAUCGUCCAGUCGAUCCGAAUUUACUUUUUGCUUGAUUUUUAUACGAUUUAUAUACGAUAUGAAAAGUAGAUAGAGAACGAUGGGAGUUUAUGAUAAUAAUAUCAUAUCAAAUUCGAAUGGAGGAAGAUAUUCGAAACUUUAAUGCACACAAAUUGACGUGUAUUGAUUAAUGCGCGUUUGUUUCAAAUAGUCGCACAACAAAUCGAAAGUAAAAUACGGUAAAUAAGUAAAUCUAGGACAAACAGAUGCGUGUUUUUAGAAAAACUCAAGCGACAUUCUAUAAUAAGAAAUAUUUGUAACUCUUCAGCGAGUCAUCAUAGUAUAUAAAUAAACGAGAAGACGAAAUCUAAAUCCUUCCUCCAUACGAAUCUUUGAGCCACAUUCUACAUCUCGACUUCCAGUAUCUAGACGUCGUUGCCCCUGAUUUUGCAUUCGCGGCACGAAUUAUUCCGGUGAAAAACGAUCUCGCAGACAAAUUUUCCAAAAGUGUAUACGGGCGAUAUAUGCGUCCUCAUUACCGUUUCACCUUACCGAUUAUCCUCAAAAUUGUCUUCGUACUUCUCGCGUCGGAGAAAAGUAUUCGGUAUCCCAUUAGUAGUAGAGGCGAUUGUGCAAUUUCGUGGGACCAAAACAGAAGCGUUCAAUAGUAAAAAUGUUAGUUUAUAUAGCAUUGACACGAAACAAAAUGAUAGUACCUCGAGUCGCGAAGUGGCAUGAUCUCCAUUAUGUUAUUAUCUUAUUGGCGUUGAUAAAGACUUUUUUAAUAAUAAUGUCUUGAGGAUGUCCCGAUUAGAUUAUGUGAUAUAUUGCCAGAUGGAAUUUGAACCUGCCAUAUAUAUGUAUAGAUAGAUAUAAAUUAUUAUGUGUGAUUUGCGUUUCAAAUACACCUAGGAUGACGCGGAUUUGGAUAAGUUUAUUCAUGAGAACUUCUCGUGACAUUUCUCUUAGACAAUUCAAUAGUAAUUCUUGGAUAAUUAAAUUUCUAGAGGACACACUUCAACUUUCAUUAAUCGAUGUUAUGUGAAAGUAUAUCGUAUAUAAAGUAAUGAAAAAAAG